AAAGCGGAGCUGUGAUGCAGACAGCGAAUCACAUGAGCAGGGAUCUGUUUACAAACUGAGAGCUGCAGAUGAGAAGUGGAGAAGAGAGACGAGGGAGGAGAGUAAAUGUGAGAGGGAAACAGAGGAGGAGAGAGCCUGGUUCAGAAUUAAGAUUAGUGCCGUUGUCUUCCUGUGUUACAAACCCGCCGCUGUGUGUUCUUCGUAAAGAGCAGGAAGGCAGAUGGAGGUGCUGGGAUCCGCUUUCCACAGGAGCACCGUGGGGACCGCCUGCCCCUCACCGCCUGCCCAGAUAACAGGCUGAGCUGCUGGGAAAUCCAUCCACGUCCUUUUUUCCCUUUGUCUCUCCACAGCAGGCUAUGGAAGCAAAAGAUAAGAAGAGUGACACGAGGAUCUAAAAGGAGAACACAGAGGAGGAAGUAGAAAGGAAAGCCAGUAAAACAGUCGCCGCGGUCAGCCAGAGGUUUAUACCUGGAGGAGAUCUGGAAUUGCAUCCGUGUCUCCCUUCUCAGAAGAGUCAACACCGGUUUCUUUGUCAUCCGCUGGGAAGACACAAAGGAUUACUCAGAUCUCAGCACUUGAACAGUCGACGGGAGUAUAUCACUUUGUGACGAUAAAUCAUCAGACGGAAGUGUUCAGACAAACAGUGGGUAAAUUAGUGCAUAUCUCCUUGUGAUUUAACACAAGGCCACUCAAGUCUUUGACAUCGACACUGUCAGCCUUCAAAGUAAACCCGAGCACAGGAAGCCUGCUUUCGGUUAACAACCCCAGAGAACUUCUCCAAGCAGCGGUUUCUGAGAAACUGCAGUUUGGAAGCACUGAACUUUUCCUGGGUGUGUGCCGGUCAACCAUUCGCAUGUUGGAUGCAUCCGGUUCGGUGGUGUUACGGUAGCGGGGGAAGAAAACUAAAAAGCCUUUUUAGUCAUUUCAGUUCGUACCUUUGGGACCUGCAACAAAAUGAUGUCCUGAUAGCGCAGGCCUUAACGGGCAUCUGUUCUAGACAGAAGGUGUCUGUGUGACUUUGGACUGCAGGACCCUGCCCAGUACUGCAAGAUGACAACUGAAAAUCUCUUCAACCUGCCGCUUAAUAUCUACAUCAUCAUCCUGGGCAUUGGCCUCUUCAUCCUCAUGCUCAGCCUCAUAUUCUGCUGCUACUUGUUCAGACUGAGAAGACAGGGUGCAAGAGAGCACUAUGGCUACAAUGAGGUGGUUCUAAAAGGAGCAGGAAAGAAACUGAGUCUUCUCGGUCAAACGUGUGCGGUAUGUUUGGAAGAGUUUCGCAGCAGGGAUGAGCUUGGAGUGUGCCCCUGUUCCCACGCUUUUCACAAGAAAUGUCUGCUGAAAUGGUUAGAAAUCCGGAGUGUGUGUCCAAUGUGCAACAAGUCCGUUUGUCGAGUCCAAUCCGAGCUCCAACAAACACCUGAGCAGCCACAGAGUCUCUCGGAGGUCUGAUAAAGGAGCCCCCUCCAGCAGUGCUGACCACCAUCCAUUCAGCUGAACUGUCUGACACACAGUUUUAGUAUUUUUCUCAGAUGCAAAUAUUUUUGGGGGGAGCAGAGGUUCUCUUGCAGUGAUUUUUAAAUAAAUCUCACUGUGAUCAGAUGAACAUUCCUAAAUAUAUAUAUGAAGGGGACACUGAGACACAGGGGAUAAUGGUAAUGAUAUUCCACCAAAACACCACAAUGAGUUUAUAAAUGAAAGUAAGACUGCGUAAUGUUAAACGCAGUAUCCCUGUAGUACCCCUCAGAUUGCUGACUUCAGGUUGUGUAUUGCAAACUACUUUCUUUUUGACUGACCAGGCUAAAUUGGAAACAUCUCAGUAUCCUGGAUUUAUUGCUGCAGUUUCUCGACAUAGUUUUUAUAAAAAUUGACACAGGUGCUAAACUAUAAACUUUACUGUUAUUAAAGCAGUGUUACAUGUGCAAGGCAGCCAUUCUAGUUUACUAGCUAGGGAUGUUCCCAUGACAUUGGAGAUUUGUAUCACAGAGAACGCUGACUUUCUCAGUACACGGGAUAAUGCUAAGGCUAAGGGCCUUAAAAUCAUAAAAGUGUACUGAAAGGUCCAGAAUUACUAGACUCGUUUUCAGCAACAUAUGUCACCCUGUUUAGUGCCAGCACAAAUAUUAAAUGAGUUCCCCGAGAAAUAGGGCAUGUGUUGAAGGCUAGGCAUGGCCAAAAAAAUGUUUUACAUAUAAAGGAGGCUUUUUGCUCUUUGCGGUUUUAUGACAGGUUGUUUACUGGUUGCUUUUAUGUCUUUUACAACUGAGAAUUUGAUGUGAAUCUGCUAACAACACGUUUCUUUUGAAUAACAGGUCACAUAAUUUUGUCUCCUCGGGCUUUCCACAGUACCCGCUGGAUUGAUUUCUUUUUCUUUGCCUAUAGAAACAAAACAUCAGUGUGCCCGCCAUAUUGUGAGUGGCAAGUUCGCCCUGGAAGUCAAUUUAUGCCUGGAAAAUAGAUUUCCAGAAUAAAAGGAAACACCAAACAUUUGCAUAGCUAUAGUCGACUAUAGCUGCAUUAGGAUCUAACCAUUGAACGUCAUAUACUGUGUAAUUUAUUUGAUAUUUUUUUCCAAGCUAUUGCAAGUAAGGCAAGGCAAAUUUAUUUAUAUUGCAUGUUUCAGUACAAGGACAACGAAAAGUGCUUCACAUGAUUAGUAGAUAAGGAUCUAAAUGCUUUCAAAGAAAUUACAAUCUUGAUCUCCUAUGCUAAAUAUCAGAUGUGAAAGCAUGUAACAAUUAAAAUAUUUUCAUGUGAAUUGCUGUACCUCAGUGUAUGUGUGUGUGUGUGUGUGUGUGUGUGGUACAGCAACUAGCAUAAACAUAUUUAGGUUGUUACAAUUAACAUAUAAUAUAUAUA